AAAAUAGAUCAAAUUUGUUACGUCAAACUAUGUUUUCAACCUGCAAUGGGUUCUGAACCCGUAGGUGACGUUUAAUUAAAUAUAAAUGUGAUUAUUUAUAUAUUUAGGAAUUUAAAACUUGUACAUUUGUAUAGUGAUAAGUAUAAUAUCCAUAUUUAAAAGUUUAUUUUUACCAAUAAUUUUGUUCAUGAAUAAGAUAUAAUGUCCUUCGAGUACUUACCCGUGGCCGAAGAUGAAAAUGAAGAACCCAUAGAACUACCAAUCGAAGAAGAUGGAACGUUGAUGUUAACAACUGUAUCCGCGCAAUUUCCCGGUUGCUGCGGCCUCAAGUAUCGCCAUCCGGAAACGAAAAACAACCGAGGUAUAAGAUUAAGAGAUGGCAGGCUUUACCCUCCUCCUGAAGGAUGGGGUAAUCACUUGUAUAUUUGCAGCUUUCCUAAAGAAAACAAAAGGAAAUCGGGAGAAAGCUCCGAAACCUCAUCAGUCAAGAACAAGAGAAAUGAUAACUUAUGCUCUGAUUUAAUAGUAUUAGGGCUGCCAUGGAAAGCAACUGAGCAAACUGUGAGAGAGUAUUUUGAGAAAUUUGGAGAAGUCCUGAUGGCGCAAUUGAAAAGAGAUGCAAAGACAGGAAUGUCUAAGGGUUUCGCCUUUAUUAGAUUUGCUUCUUACACUUCGCAAAUGAGAGUCUUGGCUCAGAGGCACAUGAUUGAUGGUCGCUGGUGUGAUGUUCGAAUACCAAACUCCAAGGAGGGCUCAGUCAACUCUAUGCCCUGUAAAGUGUUUGUCGGCCGCUGCACUGAAGAAUUAACAGCUAAUGACUUAAGAGAGUAUUUUUCUCAGUUUGGAGAAGUUACAGAUGUUUUUAUUCCAAAGCCAUUUAGAGCGUUUAGUUUCAUUACAUUUUUGGAUCCAGAAGUAGCACAAAGUUUGUGUGGUCAAGAUCAUAUAAUAAAAGGUGUGUCAGUGAAUGUGUCUAAUGCGUCUCCUAAGCAAAACAAGAGUGGCUCCAACCAGCGGAACUUGCCAAGUAGAAACUAUGAUGAAGGCCAUAUGCACUCAGCAUCAAACAACAACUCUUGGAGCAACCGAAGCAUGGAUAUGGUGAACAUGCAAGCACUUGGAAUGUCUGGUCAACAUGGGCAGACUGGAGUAGCUGGAGGAGGUGGGCAGGGGCAAGGAGGAAGCAUGCCGCUUGGUAUGAGUGGACUCCCCGUAAACCAAGCAUUGGUAGCAGCAGCACUCAACCAGGCAGCAGGUUGGGGCCUUAUCAACAACAUACCCUCAGGAGGGUCUGAUCAAGGUGCUUUUGCUGGUCCGGGGUCCUCAGCACCACCAGCUCCACCCAACUUCCUCUCAUGGAUGCAGCAAGGUAACUCAGCUCAGGGACCUUCUAGUCAGUGGGGACAGCGGCACCAGUCCCAGGGCCACUCAGUUUGAUCCAAUGUAUGAUUUGACAAGCUCAUGAUAAUCUCUGUGAUUGUAGCAACAUUUAGAUAAUUGUCAUUGGUAUAACGGGUUUUAGUCUGUUGCUGAGAGAUGGUUUGUUUGUAUUGUCAUUGUUUGCUACUAAUGUUAUUUAUUUCUAAUGAAAUGGCUUGUGUUUUGUUGAGUUUCUUCAAAUCCGUAAUAUAAUUCAAUACCUCUUUGUCAUAGGUCCAACACAUGGUAAAUGUCAUCAACAGAUAUACUAUCAAUAUUGCUAAUUACAUAUAUCCUUUAAAACAUAUUUUCAUACUGAAGUUGGACAAAGGUUAGUGCUGGCCAUUAGUCUAUUUAAUAUAAUGAAUCCACAUGUAAUGUAAGAUUCAUGGUGUGUAUUUGGAUUGACUAAUGAAGCUAUAAGACUUCAUUAGAAUGUUUAGAAUGGAUGAUUAGCACUUACUGAUUGUUUUCUUCACUUGAUGCUAAAUUUGCAAUUGCACAGUAACUGAAAAAGUGCUAGUCUUAAUGGCAUAUUAUAACUUUUUCAAUAUGCUGUGACAUAUGUGAGCUUGAUUGGUUAAUACACCUUAUACACCUGUAUUGUCUAGUGAAUGACGUUACCUAGAGUAGUAAUGUGAAUUAGAUCUUGGCCAUGUCUUAAAGGUACAACUUGACAAAAUAAGUCUUCUUUGUGGAAAAACCUUAUUUGAAGCUUUAUGGAUCCUUAAAGGCAUAGCCAAGCCCUAACUCAAUACUAAUCUGGACAACGAAUAAGUGUUCACUCCAUUCACUUUUACUUUUGUUCAACUAACCCAUCAUCUAACUAGUCUUCGAUAAUUCUAACAUAGGCAUUACCAAUUUCAUUUUACUAUCUAAUAAGUUUUUAUGUUAAUGCCCUUGCUGGCGGCAUAUGUUUAACUCUACAGAACUUAAUAAACAUCAUACCUUCUAUCAUGUUUAUUAUACUUAUAUUUGCUUUCGUAUUUCAUCCUAUUGUGUAUUAUAUUGGCUACUCUUUAAGCAGAUGCAAUUUUAAAAUUAAUUAGUUUGGUAUAAUAAAUCCAAGUAAAACUCAAUUUAGAUUUGUAUCUUCAUUUAUUUUGUAACUGCAAUACAGUUAGAUGUUACCUGUGCUUUUGUACAUUAAUAGGUAGGAGUAAUCAUUAACAACAGACUGUUGAGAGUUCAUACAUAUAAAAAAUAGAAAUCUAUUAAAUUGUUAUCAUUGUUUAUCAAAUAAUGUUGUUUAUUAAAUUAUUAUGAACGCUUCCUGAAGUGGAUGUGGUAAUUAGAUCAGAUUGUCUAUUUUUUACAAAAUAAUAAUGGUUUGAGUAUUUUUGUGAUAAAGCAAUGUGGGAUUGUUGUAUUGAAUGGGUAAAUGUUAACUGAGAAACUAGAAUAAUCCAAGUUUUAUUGCAACUGUAUAUUAUAAUGUUAGGACAAAAUGGAAGGAUGCUUGUACAAAUUUCAAGACUGUAAAACUAUAAACAAAUGAAUGUCGUAAAUUCUAAAACCAAGUGUUACUUUAAAUAGAAUCUUUGUGAUAAGGAUACUCGUACAAGCAGCUUCUAUAGAUCACUACUAUAUUAUCUGCUACGUCAAUGAGCCCCAUCACGCACCAUAGCAGUACCUAGCUGUUACCAAAAAUAAUGGAAAUGUUGACAGGACUUAUGUGUGCUACCACAUUUGGGUAGGUAUUAUCAAAUCCUCAUGCCCAUCACUUGUAUUACGUAAGCAUGUUCACUCGCAUGAAGGCGGUACAGACAGUACAGUCGUCAAACUAACAUACCUCCAUUGCAAAACCUACAACAUUGUCUCUUUUGAAUAUUUAAAUCACUAGGAUUGUAAUAAUGUAUACAAUCUAAAACCAGACACUAAAUUGAUUAAUUUAGUAAUAGAGAAAUGUGUACAUAAUUAUACCAAGAGACCAUCCUAGCGUAUCAAACCAUCAUAAGAAAUACUCAAAUGUGUUUUUAAAUCAUUAACUAUGUUCUGAGUUCAAUUAAAUGCCUCUUUACUAGUACUUUAUCUAGUAGGCAUUCAGAUCCCGUCACAGAUAUUCUAAUUUAACAAUUGAGUAAAUAUCUCGAUAAUAACAAAGUUAUAUAAACUAGAGCAAAAGUUUCUAGAUUAGCACAAAUUAUUUGUGUCCUGUUUUUUUUUUUUCAAUUCAAUAGGUAGGUUUUUUCAUUAUCCUUGCCUGAAAAUUACAGUUUUUAAAUACAUAAUCACGUUACCUUUGUAGAUAUACACCCGGAUUAAGCUAGAUUGUUUGAAGGCUAGGUGAAAUUCUGCUAGGUAUAUAAUUUUAUUUUAUAUUUUAGUACAAGAGAAAGUCAUAAAAUUAUCUGUUUUGCGUCAUCGUUAGUAUUAAAUAUCAACGUGACCACAUGAUAUUUGCCUCUAUCUUGGUAUUGAUGAUAAUACAAUAGCAAUAUCUAGGUUUUUGUUUCCCCUUCAGAGUUGAUUUCGUGGAUAGGUAGGUAUGUUUUUGCUUGGUUUUGUUUGUUUUAUUAACUUAUUUGACCGUUUGUUGUUUUGGUUCUAAUUUAUGCAUGUCGGUGUAAGUGUAAGAAUAUUAUGUCGUGUUACUGGUAGUACAUAACAAUGUAUGUAAUAUAAUAUUAUUGUGACCAAUGAAACAAACCUAAACCCAUUCUACAACAAGUCAAUUGAACUUAUUAAAAUCAAUAUUGUUUUUUUUUUUUCAAGAAUGCUUCUUACGAAAAUGGAGCAAUCUAUAGGUAGGUUUAAUAUUAUAUGAAUUUGGUACUACAUAUUUGUAAAUUGUAACAGUGAGGGAUUAAUAGGUAUUUUACCAGCUCCAGUUUGCCUUUUAGUGUUAGCUUCAAGUUCGGAAACGAAUUCUUGUAAAUUUUUAUUCGGUGCCUACUCAUAACAAAUAAAGUAAUUCUUGAUAAAAAAAUAUCUUUGUACUUACGAUAAAAAAUCUUUUACUCCGCCACUGUCCUUGGUUAAGGUUACAGGCACUUAUCAAGUGCAUUCCUAAAAUCAAAAACUUAUGGUAGUGUCACUAUGUUCUAACAGCAACACACGCGACUGACCAUUUUAGACCAUAGGGCCUACCGGGAAAUACGAAAAUCGAAAUUUCGUUAUCUGCCUCUCUAUCGUUCGAAUAUUGCAAUAGUGAUAGAGAGGCAGAUAACGAAAUUUCGUGUUUCGCGGUAGGCGCUCAUAUCUGGUCAGUUAGCUGUAUAACGAUGGUUCGUUCUUUAAAGAGUGAUAAAAGAUCUAUUCGGGUAAUUGCUAUAAUCCUGAAAGUUGACGGGUAAUUACAAAAAUAGACUCUUAAGCCGAUGAAAUUAAGGGUGAUUUUUAUAUUUACCCGGCGUUCUGAAGUAUUCUGAAUUUUCCGAAUCUAACUAAACGGAACUUGAAGGUGUAAUUUUUUGCCAUUCCUACAACUCCACUUUAGUUCCAUAAAGUAGGACUCGAAAACACACCCAUAUAUAAAAUAGUACCUAUGCAUAAGCAAGACUUGUAAAUAAAUAUUCGCAAUACCUACAUCAGAAUGAAGUUUUACGUAGGUAACUAUUCAGCAAACUGUUUUUCUAUUUGUUCAUCGUCUUACAAUAUUUAGGUAAUAAAGGUGCUAUAAAGCCUAUUAAACAAUAGAAGGAAUCAAUUUUGUUCCAGAAAUUCCGACUACUGUAACAGUCAACUGUCUGUUGAGAUUUUUGAGCAUACUUGAAACUUUGUCGUUUUAAAAACAAUCAUUAAGGCUCGUUCAGAUGGGAUGAUCAAAUUGACAAGUUGUUCACAAAAAAAAUGCGACGCUGGACACUACCACAAUUUCACUGGCAGUGGAAUCGGGAGCCAAUUCAUCAUCAAUUUCAUUUUUGCGUCCACACAACUUGAUUAAAUUGUCAGAAUUGCCGAAAAAUUUGUCCAGUCUGGAUUGACCUUAACAAAACCUGUUAGAACUAAAGUUUAUUAUGAUAAUGAUGAAAGUACCAAAAUGCUUAAUAUUUUCUUAUAGUCAGUGUUUUUUAGACAUUCAAUACAGUUCCAUAAAGUGGCUAAUUAUAGACCGAUUCUCUCCCAGAUGUAAAUCAAUAUAUAAAUAUAUACCUAGGACUGGUUACAUUCAAACAUGCCCUCCAUCGGGUCCCUCCUUUAUGGUGGCAAUGAUCAUACGUAAAAGUUCAGGCAGUCAAUUUUAACCAGCAACAGGAAGUCGUCUGGUCAUGUAGGUACCGCCGAUGUAUUAUGAAUUCGACUUAGAAAAAUGUACCCAUUUAUUACCACAAUAUAUACCUAUCAUGAGUUAUGAAAAUAUCUUGUAAAGUGGUAGGUACCAAACCCUACCUUCUCCCAUUUUAGUUACGUAUUGUCACACCCUAGAUUAUGUCGCUACCUAUUCAUAAAUGAAAUUUAUGCACCUUUGAAUGUCGUACUUUGCUGCCGCGUGAUACUUAGAUUACAUACUAUUUAACAUAAUUAUGUGAUUGCUACAAGAUUCGACUUUAUUUAUAUAUUUUACAUUGUAAUUUAAAUGUGUGAAUAAUGACUCCAUGGACACUAAUAAAUGAAAUAAAAUUUAUUUAGCGUUA